CCUCACCUGUCUCUUUCCCUCACUUCGAGCGGCUUUCUCGCACGUGCUCGGCGGCGGUCCACCUAUCUAUCCUGUCCGGCCGCGUCCUCGCCAGCGGCGAUCACCAGCGACGCCGACGCCCAGUGCGCCAGCCCCACGAGCAGAAUUGCGUGCGAUGGGUCGUGCUGUAGCGGUGGAUCUCCGUGGCGGUGAUCCACGAGCCCAAAGGGAUAGAAAUCCAUCCCUAGAUCUCAUCAACCUCCAAACUCCUUCUGCUCCUCCGAAACAAAGAUCGGUAACCGAACCGCUUGUUUCGCAGCAGGAUCGAGCGGAAGGUGGGCAGCUUGGCGGCAGGCGCACAGACGCAGGGGCGAGGGCACGGGCGGCAGCGCCUGGACGGACGCCGUGGAUCUUCGACGACGUUGGGCGGGGAACCUCUCUGCCUGGACGGGCGCCGUGGGUCUCGGCGACGACGUUGGGUGGUGAAGCUUCGCGGGCUUGCGUGAAGGGUGUGCGCAACGAGCUCAGGCGUCCGAUUUCCUGCGCCUGAGCCAGAGCUAGGUUGCCUGAGUCAGGCAGCACAUCAGGGCACCAACCAAACACCACUCCGGUAAAUCUCAGGGAGGACUCCGACCAGUUAAAUUCUUGCUACUUACCUCGGGACUUCAAUUUUUGGUAGUAUCUGACUUGACUUGGGAGGAGCCAGAUAGAUCCUAUGCUGCCAUCCCGAGAUGAAAGGCGGUUGUCUGCAUAGGCUUCUUGUCAACAAGCUAUGCUUCGGCCUUGUAGUUCUCCUCGCUGUGCCGAUUGUUGUUUUCUUAUUGGAAGGAGCCCCGGUCCUCACAAUCUUCAGCUCAACACCAGAACAAUUAAAAGUUUUCUCUCAAGGUUUCCUACAGCAACAGGAGCAGGAACAUCUUGGACAUGAUGCAUCACCCCUAGUGGGGCAUUCAGUUCAAGCUUCCAGGAGCCACACUGAAAAAAGUAGGGCCAACCUGAAGAAACAUUGCAACUAUGCAAAGGGGAAGUGGGUAGCAGAUGAGAAACGGCCACUGUAUUCCGGUAAUGAGUGCAAGCAAUGGCUGUCGAAAAUGUGGGCUUGUCGAAUGAUGCGACGUGCAGAUUUCUCCUAUGAGAAUUUCCGUUGGCAGCCACAUAGCUGUGAGAUGCCUGAGUUUACAGGGCCUAACUUUUUAAAAAGGAUGAAACAUAAAACUCUUGCUUUUGUUGGUGAUUCACUCGGCAGGCAGCAAUUUCAGUCAAUCAUGUGUAUAACGACUGGCGGCAAAUACAGUCCAGAGGUUGAAGAUGUCGGUAGGAAAUAUGGUCUUGUCAAAACCCCAGGAGCUUUAAGACCUGAUGGAUGGGCUUAUCGAUUUCCAGCCACCAACACAACUAUCCUUUUCUACUGGUCUGCUAGUCUGUCUGAGUUGGAACAUUUGCACACGGAAAGUUCAGUGACCCGUUAUGCACUGCAUCUUGAUCGGCCGGUUACAUUCUUGAAGAAGUAUGUUGAUAGUUUUGAUGUCCUAGUACUUAACACAGGUCAUCACUGGAACAGAGGGAAAUUCAAUGGAAAUCAUUGGGAACUGUAUGCUGAUGGGAAGCCUGUAGGCAAUGGUACACUUGCAAAUCUCAACCGUGCAAAAAAUCUUACUCUUUAUAGCAUUGCCAGAUGGGUGGAUUCAGAACUUGUGCGGCAUCCUCAGAAGAAAGUUUUCCUUAGGACAAUAUCACCAAGGCAUUUUGUAAAUGGCGAUUGGAACACAGGUGGAACCUGCGGUAAAACCAUGCCCUUGUCUAAUGGAUGUGAGGUCUUGCAGGAUCAUUCAAGUGAUUUACUUGCAGAAAGUGCUGUCAAAGGAACUCGGGUUAAGCUUUUGGAUAUUACUGCUAUAUCACAACUACGAGAUGAGGGGCAUAUCUCUAACUCUAGUUUCAAAGCUUCAACAGGAAUGCAUGAUUGCUUGCACUGGUGCCUCCCUGGUAUACCAGACAUGUGGAAUGAGCUCCUCUUUGCACAGAUUUAAUAUCGAAGUGUAGUCAGGGGACUUUUCUCAGAGCCCCAAGAGUUUCUUCUGUUUGCGCCAUAACAGUACAGGGUGACCAACUGUGCUCUACCAUUGGUCAACCAUAUGGAUGUGUUAACAGUGCCAAGAUGAUAGCAUUGCUUUAGUGAUGUUACAAAUUGGUUCAGAUUCAUCUAACUUUCAUAUCAGAUAUGGAAUUAGCUCCAGAACCCUGCGGAGUGCUCCCCAGGCACGUCGAUUUUUUUUCGUUUUCUCUUUUCAGUAAAUACAUGUGCGGCAUAUGCCCUUCAGAAAAAUGUUCAUACAAGUUGAUCAAAGUGUUAGAUGUUCUUUAGUGAAAACUUAAAAGUGGAACGCUUGUGACGUUUCUUCAGAAAAUGUUCAUACAAGUUGAUCAGGCACCUUGCCAUUUUUCAGCUC